AUGCAGUACCCUUCGUCGGGCAAUCCAUAUGCUUCUUUGCAAGAAUCUCCCGAAUGCCCAGAGUUCUCAGAAAAUGUUGGUUGUACAUUUGAUGAUGCUGCUGAUGAAAUGUAUCUCGACAUAGAAGAAGACUUGGAGGGUAGCACCGUUGUCCCGGAUGAUGAGGUACGGGUUGAUGCUCCAAGAUCUGGGAUGGAAUUCGAGAGUGUAAAAGAGCUUUUGGGGUACUAUAAGAAAUAUGCUAAGCAAGAGGGAUUCGGUGUAAGGACACAGAGGACGAAGAGAGAUGAUGAUGGUCGGCCUGUGUAUGUCACAGUUGGUUGUGCUCGUGGAGGAAAAUACCAACCGAAGCACAAGGAUAUAUCUAAGCCACGGCCAACAACUAAGACGGAUUGCAAGGCGAAGGUAAAUGCCACUUUGAAACAAAAUGAAAAAUGGCUUGUCACCACUGUUGAGAAUACACACAACCAUAUCACUGUGAGCCCCAAGAAGACUAGACUCUUAAGAUCACACAAGGUUCUAGAUGAAUAUAGUCAAAGAAUUCUUGAGUUAAAUGACAGAGCCGGUAUCCGAAUGAAUAAGAAUUAUUAUUCUCUAGUAGUUGAUGCGGGGGGGUUUGAAAACUUAGAAUUUCAAGAGAAAGAUUGUCGGAAUUUCAUUGAUAAGUCUAGACAUUUAAGGUUGGGAAAAGGAGGUGGUGAAGCACUCAGGGUUUAUUUCCAAAGAAUGAGACAGAAGAAUGAUGGUUUCGUUUAUGACAUCGACGUUGAUGAUGAGGGACGGCUAAGAAAUGUUUUUUGGGCCGAUGCACGUUGUCGAGCAUCUUAUGAGUGUUUCGGGGACGUUGUGACAUUCGACACAACGUACCUAACAAAUCGAUACGGAAUGCCUUUUGCUCCAUUUAUCGGUGUUAAUCAUCAUGGCCAAUCCAUAUUACUAGGGGCAGGUUUGUUGUCAAGUGAGGACACACACACCUUCAUUUGGUUGUUUAGAAUGUGGUUGGACUGCAUGAACGGUCGAGCGCCGAAGGCGAUCAUAACGGACCAAGACCGGGCAAUGAAGAACGCAAUUGCCCUUGUAUUUCCGGGAACCCGCCAUAGAUAUUGUCUAUGGCAUAUAAUGCGCAAACUUCCCGAGAAGUUAGGUUCUCACUCCCAUUUCAGCUCAGGGUUGAAAUCCUCCAUUCAGGCUGCUUUGUAUGAUUCACAUACCUCCACGGAAUUUGAGGAGAGAUGGGGUCAACUACUUGAUAUGUAUGAUUUAAGAGAGAAUAAUUGGCUCAAGUCCUUAUACGAGGAAAGGACCUUUUGGGUUCCAGUUUAUUUGAAAGACGUAUUUUGGGCUGGUAUGAGUACGACCCAACGUUCAGAAAGCAUGAAUGCUUUUUUCGACGGGUAUGUCCAUUCUGGAACGACGUUGAAGGAAUUUGUCGACCAAUUCGAUAAUGCUCUCAGGAAAAAGGUAGAGGUGGAGACCACGGCUGAUUUCAACUCUAUUAACCAAACGAUCCCUUGUGUGUCCCCUUUCAACUUUGAGAAGCAGUUUCAGAAAGUAUACACGGCAACAAAGUUUAAAGAGUUCCAAAAAGAGUUGAUGGGCUUAAUGUGUUGUAAUUGCACAAUGGUCUCCCAGCAGGGGUGCAUUUCAACCUUCGAUAUUUUGGAUGAAAUAGCUUUUGAUGACUGCACAAAAAUAGUCCACUACACAGUUUAUUAUAAUGAAGAGGAGUGCGAAUUGAAAUGCACAUGUGCUCUAUUUGAGAUGAGGGGAAUUUUAUGUAGGCAUGCACUUAGAGUUUGUCAGUUUAAGAGGAUUAGUGUGUUGCCAGAAAGAUAUGUCUUGGAUCGAUGGAGAAAGGACGAGAAACGGAGAUAUACAUUGAUCCCAAGUAGUUAUGAUGACUGUCGGGCUAGUGGAGAUGCACGGAGGUAUGAGAUGGUGGUUAAACGAUGCAUGAAACUAGCAACAAAAAUAUCCCCAAGUUCUGAGCGUGUGAAUGCUUUCCUGCGGUAUGUCGAUGACUUUGAUUCGAAAUGUGAUGAUGAAGAUGUACGUCGAUGCAACAAUUCUGAAUCAACCGUGGUCGGCCACAGCAGUUUAACGGAUAAGGGAAAGAAGCUAUUAAGCCCCCAUGUGGUCCGAGGGAAAGGGAGACCCCCAAUUAAGAGAAAGGUUCCGCCAUUGGAGAAGUUGGCAACAAAGAGAAAACGGAAAACGACUUGCAGGCUGAUAUUUGAGAAUGAAACAACAUUCUUGAACAGCCCGGCAUCUCAGCUAGAUGAGGGAGUUGAACGUGAUGCGGGAGUUGGUGAUAUGGGAACACAAAACAGUGUUCUCACACAAGGGCUGCCAUUGGGGAAUGAUGAGAUGGGUGACCAUUUUUGAUGUGGUCUAAUGCUGGAGUCAUCAUGGAUAAUAUAUGUGCUCUAUUUUGGAUGGGUGACUGUUGUGUUGAUUUUUCAGAUGCAUGACCAAGUGGAAAAUGUUGUGUAAUUAUGGACGGAGUUUUUGGAACAUUUCUAUUAACCACUUGUGAUGAACAAUAAUUUAUAGUGCAGUGGGGUAUGAAAAGGGGCCGAUGGUUAACAAAGCUUUUGGAGAUAUGUAACAGGGGUGGCAGUAUGAAGAGUAGGUUGCUAUGGAAAAUAUAGGUGGUACAAAGUUGAAGAACUACUUGGGAUCAUUUUGUUGAUCUUCAACUCAGGAGGGAGAUAUGUCUUGGUUAGGCGGCUUUAAGAUGCACGGCAACAUAUGUAGGCGACAACUUUCUGGAUCCAUGCAUUUGUUUUUUGGGCAGAAGAGUAGCACUGAAUUGAUUUUUGGGAAACACAAAGUCACCCAUCUACGUGAUUAUGAAUUUUAUAGAACAAAUUUAAUGAUCCGAAUGUAUUUAACUUUCUGUUGGCUUAUACGUAUGACUUGGAUGUAAUACAUUUAAGUUUGAUUCUAAUGUAUGCAAGUCACGGUAGUGCUA